CGCUACUCCAUUUUGUCCGCGGCAUUGCCAAGUUAGAUACGUUUAAAAGAAAGAAACGGAAUGAAGAGGCUCGGCGUCUCCCUGCUGGUUGCGUUGGUGCUCGUCCUAUUAGCGAUCGAGGAUACCGUGAGCAAAAAGAUGAGCAUCGAGGAAGCGAAGAAAACUAUCAAGAACCUGAGGAAAGUUUGCAGCAAGAAGAACGAUACCCCCAAAGAGCUUUUAGACGGCCAAUUCAGAGGCGAAUUCCCGCAGGACGAGAGGCUGAUGUGCUACAUGAAGUGCAUCUUGAUAUCGACUAAAGCGAUGAAGAACGACGUUAUUCUGUGGGAUUUUUUCGUGAAGAAUGCCCGUAUGAUAUUAUUCGAGGAAUACAUUCCACGCGUUGAGAGCGUAGUCGAAACGUGCAAGAAGGAAGUGACAUCUACGGAGGGAUGCGAGGUUGCGUGGCAAUUUAGCAAGUGCAUCUAUGAAAAUGACAAGGAGCUCUACUUACUUCCUUAGAACGAUCUUUCAAUAUCGAUCGAAGAAGCAAAAGAAAUUUCUACACACCCGUACAUCGGUUGUCAUAAGGAUCGAGAAACAGUUAGGAUUGUGUGCAGAAAUAUUCGAAUUCCAAACGACGUAUGUAGAAGAGUCUAAGAUUUUUGCGAAACUUAAUCUUGAAAUUUCCAUUUGCAAUGCAUAUCAUUUUAUCUAGAAGAAAUUAAUUCCGACAAAUUAUUUAAAAUUAAUUAUUAUUUCAAAUUUCCUUCCUUCGAUAUUUUUAUUACCUUGUAAUACGUUAUUAUACUUGUUUAUUACGCAACAA